AUUAGCAUUUUUUUUUUUUAAAUAUAAUCCGGUCCACUAUUUCGUAAAACAGGUGAUAAAUCUGGUUCCGCUUCCUUUUCUAAACAAACCAACUUAAAGUAAGAAGAUGGCACAGCGUCUUACAUUUAGACGUCGUCUUUCUUAUAAUACCAAUUCUAACCGCAGAAAGGUCUCAAAAACACCUGGUGGCAAACUGGUUUAUCUUUACCAGAAGAAAUUGGCCAAGACACCAAUAUGCGGUGAUUACAAAACAAGACUUAGAGGGGUGAAAGCUGUUAGGCCACAUAAACUUGCUGCAAUGAGUAAACGACAAAAGACUGUUACACGUGCCUAUGGUGGGUCAAGAUGUCAUAAAGCUGUCAGAGAAAGAAUAGUUCGUGCAUUUUUGAUCGAGGAACAAAAGAUAGUGGCCCGAGUUCUCAAGGCACAAGAAGCAUCAAAGAAAAAAUAAUCUGUAAUAAUUAAAAGAUGUUUCUUACAA